CACCUUCCGCUCUUUGUAACAAACGGUAGCGGCUGUACUUAUCCGUUUAAUGUGCCUCUGUACAAAGCACCCUAGCCCGUGUUUGUUGAUUUAAACCUUCUUCAAGAAUACCUUCGUAAAGUCUGUGCUGAGCUGCAAGGCUAAUUGGUAAUUAAAAACUCGAAGAUAAUUAUAGGCCACGAAAGGACACAUCAUGACGCAUUGUGAAUGAGCCAUUGGCAUCGAUGACCAAAUUUGAACUGGAAUAGGGAUUGGAGUCCAAAUUGGAAUUUUAUUACAGGUGCCCCUGAAUCGAAAAUGAACAUCAGUGUAUUCACGUGAAAAACAAAAUCACUGCUUUAACUUUGUAAAUAUUAAUAUACUUCAACGCACUAAACUGUGCUUCGUGGAAGAUCUAAAGUAAGCUUCUUGCCAGAGGCCAGGACAUCGAAAGGGAUGAUCUCAAAGUCAUUCUUGCCGUAUGGAUGUCGUCUUGUCUCUGCAUGGCUCGUCACGGUAGCCAGUAUCUCGAUGAGUAUUACCUAUCUCAACUCAAUACCAAGUUAUCAACACAAGCCUGGACACAGAAAGUUUGUUGAGAAAGCUGAGAAAAUAGCGGUUUACAGUAGAAGGGAAUAUGUUCCUUGUCCAGCUCAGGGGAAGUGCGAUACCAGUCGAUUUCCUGCUAGUGGUGAAUUUCAGGUCAAAAAUCUUUGUGAUGUUCAGGUGCGAACAUUUCCUUUCAGCUCGUAUCCUAAACAUGUCAGGAAUCUACAUACGUACGCAUGGAAACCAAUUAUCAUUGACAUAACUCUUCGAGAGUUUGGCGCCAUUUUCUGGGGAGAUUCAUCCAUCCGGCUCAAAGGCUCCUUGCGGAAACUUCUACCAAUCUCUCUGAAUCACCACGGAUACAUGACUCACUUUAACGCGUUUGAUCCCAAGAAAAAAGAAGAGAUUAAACAUCAGUACUUCUACACCCAUCCCCAACUCUACGAUAACCUUGGGGUUAAUAGAACCGAGUACUAUAAUUCAGAUGGCAUGGCGCCACACGCUGCGGCAAAUCGUCAACUCUACGUUAACAGUUCAUACAUCCAACAAGCUAUCGUCCAACCGAUGCUGAAAUGUGCUUUAGAAUAUCACUGUAUCUCGCCGGUUGGUGCCCGGUUGCCCAAGCACCGGUUUGAUGCAUCCAUUCUGGCUAUUUUAAUCUACAAGAAUCUCAAAGGAGAGUGGAAAAGAACAAAUAAUGACAAUCGUUACUUUGACGAGGUGGUGUAUCUUCGAAAGAAUAAUUUGGGAAAAGAGAAAGUUCAAACGUGCUUGUGGUAAGGCCUAAAAAAUUCUUAUCCUGCCCCUUAAAGGGAUACUCCACGCUGAAAAUAACACGGUUUGAACAAAUAGAGACAAACAGACAAUCAACAUGAUCAAAAUACUGAAAAUUUGAUCAAAAUCUUCUAAGUUUUGAUGAUGACAUUUAAAAAACUAACCUUUGGUUAAGAUAUCGAUAUCGAUUCCCCCAACAUGGGCUAUAAACUUCAUUAAGCAUAAAUGAUCUUUGACAUUGGUCAUGUGACCUGAAACUCGGCCAGGAUGUUCAUUAAUACUUGACUACCCUAUGUCCAAGUUUCAUGAACUAGGUCCAUACCGUCCAUAUACUUUUUAAGUUAUGUCAUUUCAAAAACUUCACCUUUAUAGGUUAAGAUUUCAAUGUUGACGUCACAGCCGCCGCCGCCGUCAGAAAAGCGGCGCCUAUAAUCUCGCUCUGCUACGGAGGCGAGACAAAAAUGGGGGUUACCCUCAGGCUAUUUUUUCUUUUUGUACUUGCCAUAAUACACCACAUCCAUGGUAACUCUCUUUUUUCUUACAGGCCUAUAUAUGAUAUGGAUGCAUUUUCACAUCUUCACCCCAAGAUCAAUGUAUUAGGCAAGUCUCACAAUGAAUUGAAGGAAAAAUAGGUAGCAGUUUCAGCUUUAAAUAUUUUAACUCAUUGGCAUUAUACAAUUAUCAUGGCAACACAAUUUCCACAAUAUUAAUUAAGAAAUGGGUCCUACAUUUACACACAAACCCAUCAAAAUUUAUUUGGCGGGGGUAUAAAAAAGUCACUGCUGACAUGAAAUAAAUGAAAUCUUACUUUGGGUGAUGCAGAAAAAAAGAGCUGGCAAAAAUAUGCUCUAGCAUAUAUGAGAUGUGAGCUGUCAAAUAGUUAUUUUGGAAGUUUAUAUAUUUCAAGACUUGCUUCUGAAAAAGACAAUCUCAUUGACAAUUCUCAAUUUCACACAAUACAGUAUACAGAAUAAGGCAACACCAACACAUCAAAAUGAUUCCUCAAUAAGUGCACAAGAUAUACAAGUGGACGCAACUGUGAUUUCAGCAACAUGUGUUCAAAUUAGAGAAAUUAAGAGAAUAAACAUUAUUGGCAGCUUGACGAGACUUGUUCACUCCUCAAUACGCACUUGUGCAAAAAAGCUACUCCUUACAAAAGAGUUCGACAAAGAAAUUGUGACAUGUGUUGUAAAUUUCAGCUGUGUAAUGACACAGAAUGAAAGGAAUUAAACGAGUUGCCCUUUCUCAUUUGGCUGGCCCAAAACCAAUCUACCUGAUGCAAAUCUUCCCCGUUGCAUGAAUUUAGGCCGGUGUCGAACGUUUCAUCCAACAAGUUCUGGUUCAUCCGACAGUUACCAUAGGAACUGUGCUCCUCAGCCAAUCAAAAUCAAAGAAAGUUAUUUUUAAAUGUUGAUAAAGCGCUCCCCACAUGAUCGCCUGACAUUCUUGUAUGCCUGGUAACGUCGAGCCAUCAUAAAUCCUGGAAAUUUGACUGGUGAAGAGUAUCUGGAUGACAGGGGAUACAACUGGUAGCACUAAUAAUCUAUAUAUACAAUAAGUAGUAGCAGAUUUAAUAUGUAAAAGUACCAUUCACAUUAACAUUAAAUUCAUAAUCAAUUGGUAAAAUUUCAUGGGCCUCAAAAUAAAAUAAGUACAUACAUAGAUGAAAGAGAACGAAUAAGGAUGGAUUACUGAUAUGCUUUCAAGUAACUAAACACUCGUGAAUAUGAGCUUGAAAUUCACUUUCAUUGGAUUUUUGGAUUGUCACUCAUGCAUAACAUCACAACCAUAUACCGGCAAUGCAAAUUCAGUGUCAGACGAUGUGCUGGACUACAAAUAUAAAAGUCAUGAAACGUGGCACCGAAAGCUUCUUGCGUAGCAAAUUUAUUUUUCCACACUAAAAGUUAAUACAUAUAUCAAGGGAAACGUCGCUCCCAAUUACUGCCUAGCUUCUCAUGAUCAAAACGGUAACACGACAGUUACUCUGGGCUUUAUUACGUCUAACAUAUACGGUAAGGUUUAGCGUUGCAAUUGGGUUUUAUGUUAGGUUUAGGAUAUAGUAUAGUGAUAGAUCCAGGGUUGAAGUUGAUUAUUCCAUUAAUGUGUGGAAUUUGCAGCGGAGAAAUUGUCGCCAGAGUAAAUGUCAUGUAACCGAUUAAAACAUGAUGUUUGAUGAUUACCAGCAAACAGUGAAUGAACAAAGAGCAAAUAAAUCACUUUCAUUUCAGAACUAGGAAAUAAGUUAUGAUAAAAUUUAAUAUACACUCUAUGUGUAGUGACAAUUUAUCAUUUGUAUAUUUUGUAAUUUUAAGACUAAACUGCCAUAAGAUGUGGUUGUCUUAAUUAACCUUAAUUUUAAUUUCAUUUGAUAUGUGAACACGACUCAAACAAAAUAAUUUACCUGCAGGC